CACACGCGCCUGCUGAACUUCUCUUUUAAUGUGCUCAGAAUGGGCGCCCAACACCACCCCCACCGCAAUUUGUUCACUCACAGAUGAUAUGAUCGAUGCGACGAUGCCAAUGCCAUGAAUACGAAAAUGUAUACCAAUAUGAAUAUGAAUAUGAACAUGAACACGAAUGCGAGUAUAUUGACCAGUCGUAUGAGGCAUUACAAUCGACGCCGCUGAUGAUAACAAUAAAUAUGAAAACUCAAAAAAUUCAAAUCACCAAAUCUGGGGGCACGCAAUAAAAUCGACCAUAAAGAACAUCAAAUCAACAGCAGCCGCUAAACAACGAUAACAUUGGCCAACACGGAGACUGAGUCGACGACAGCAGCAACGGCAACAACAAGAAAAACAACAACAACAACAUCAACAUCAAUUCCGGGCGUUGGCAAUGGCCGAACCGGAGCCCAAUCCCGCACGGCAUCUGCAACGGCAGCACUGGCAAUGCUAUGCCACAUGCCUACCGCAGCCCCAAUCUAGCAAAUGUCGGCACGUGCACUACCAGAGCUCCUGGGGCCGUAGCUGGAGCAGAAUCGCCUGGUUUCUGACUGUUGUGUGCCUGCUGACGCGGCCCGUCAUGCCGGAAGUUAUUUAUCGAGUUGAUCCUUUGGCUCUGCUCGCUGCCACCUUGCGGACGUACCAGCGUGCCGGAUGCGAUUCAGAACAGCUGUCACUCAGCUGUCCACGUGGCACUAGCAUUUCCAUAGAACUGGCUCAGUACGGACGAGCGGGUGAUUUAUCCGACCACAGCUUGUGUCCGCCAGUGUCGCAAGAGGACCUCACCACGACCGGAAGUGCUGGCGAUGCUGUCAUCCACAGCGGCACUGAAAUUGAAGUCAAACCGCCGGAAACGUGUACCGUAAGCGGAUUACAGUAUGCCCUGCUGCAGACUGUGGUGGAUGCCUGCCAAAAGAAGAGGCAUUGCAAGUUCGCUGCGAAUUCCAAAACGCACACCACUGGGGAUCCUUGCUCGGGCAUACGAAAAUUCGUCGAGAUUGCCUACAAAUGCCGUCCAUACGAAUUCCGUAGCAAGUUGGCCUGCGAGAACGACAAUAUGCCACUGAUGUGCAAUCCGUACUCUCGCAUUGCCAUUUACAGUGCUUCCUUUGGUCACACGGAGCGGGAGAGUGUCCAGUGCGGUGGCCAGGGCGGGCCAUCAGGUAGUGUCCACAUUAACCGAGAGGACACCGGCCAACCCACCUGCCUUGUCUCCUACGCCACAGAGACUGUGAUGCAAAUCUGUCAUGGACGACGGCGCUGCUCGGUAACAGCAGAUGCCGGCACCUUUGGUCGGCCCUGCAAGACUGAUGUGCGAAUGUAUCUGAAGGUCGUAUAUACAUGCAUACCCCGCAAGGUGCUCAAAGAUCGCUAUGAGACAGCUGCUGAGUCGGAUGAACCGCAACAAACCGAUCUAGACUUGGACCAAGAUGAACUUUACGACGAGGAUCAGUUCUACAAAGAGUCUGAGGCCAUACCGCCGGCCCCAAAGCUACAAGGUGCCAAUGUGGGUCGCUCCUUUGACUUUGAUGCCAAUGUUGCCGGAGAAGAAGCAACGAGCACACUCCUGCCGCCUCUACUGUCACGCAACGAUGGCACCCUGGAAGAGCGAUUACAGUCAUCUAUGCGGCUCUUAAACCGUAUAAAAGAGUCAUUCACCCAUCAAUCGGUAGCGUCAACUACAUUGGUCAAUGAACAAAUUAUCACAACGACCGAUGCUACUCGAAAUGAAGUUAAUGUGGAAAAUGGCAUUGAGCUGGAGACAGAAGGCUAUGAUAUGGUUGCUAAUGCUAAUGAUGAGAUCAGUAAAGGAGCUGAUUUAGUGAAGGCAAAUUUCUUCUAUCGCCGCAAGUGCCAGAUGGUUGAUGAUUGGGGGCCAAUUGGUCUGAACUGCACCGAGGAGGAUAUCGUCACUGAACGUGUCGAAGUGGUUGGUUUCUUGGCAAAUUGGCUGAACACCUAUCUAUACAUCCGAAAGCACCAGGAACAAUUCUACCUGUAUCUAAUCAUAUCGGUGACUGCCGGCGUUCUACUCUGUCUGACGCUUGUCAUCGGCCGUCUCACCCUUCAGCGACGUGGCGGACGUUUGAAAAGGAGCUCCAGUGUCAGCGGCGUUGCCAAGAACUUUGCAGAUACACCAAUGGAUGGAGCAGCGGGAACUGGAGGUUCAGGUGUCGGUGCAGGUGCUGCUAGCAAUUUCCAACAGCUGGCAACAGGUGAAACCCACCUGGCAGACACAUUUGGCGACGACAUUUCCGACAUUGAUGUUGACGUGGACUUAACCGCCCCCAUGCCAUUGUCCGGCCUAUCAUCAAGGAACGAGACCUACAUGACAUACGCACCGACGCCCAACUGUAACUACGCUGGCUUAUCGGGCGCCCAACCCCACCACCCCUCGUCCACAGCGCCCAGUGUAAUGAUGGCACCACACUCACAGCCCACCAUAUACACAAGCAUGGGCCAUCCAGUCGUCAGUGGGGCUAUGACUAUAGGUCCACACAUGCUGGGCCCGUCGGGCUUGAGUGGCAUUCCGCCCACUUAUUUAAGUGGCACAAUAAUGGUGCCUGGACAUCAGCAUACGCAUGCUGGCACCUUACGGCGUACUCUAAUCCCAACAAGCAUGGGUCUGAUGAGCUCACCAUCACCACCGCCGGCGAUAUUGGGAACAGGAACAGGCAUGCCUCUGCCGCCCCACUCAAUGGCCUCGACCGGCGGCAGUGGGGUCUACUAUGACAGCACGGUGCCGCGUAGUCUGGCACGUGGAUUGUCGACGGAGAGCAGUGGGCAGUAUUACUAUGGAUGA